AUGUCGAUGUUGACGUCGCAGUUCCGAAUGAUUUGUGCAGACGCCCUUCUCAAACCAAUGAUGGGAAGUGUUUUUAAAUUUUGUGUCCACUCUCCGACAAACCAUUCCGAUCCCAAGACUGCUGCGCAACCGCCGUGGAUGCCUGCUGCAUCGGUUAUUCAGCGACGGACGGACGGAUCAGAAGAUUUCUACAGAACUUGGAAUGAUUACAGAGACGGAUUUGGCGAUUUUAACAAUGAGUUCUGGUUAGGCAACUCACAAAUUCAUCGUAUAACCAGUCAGGGUCUUUAUGAUCUGAGAAUUGACUUGGAAGACUUUGAAGUACACAACGGGUUCGCGCUGUAUAAGAACUUCUCCCUGGCUUCAGAACAAGAUUUCUUCAGACUGAGUCUGGGCGAGUACAGCGGAAACGCAGGUGAUGGUCUUGGUCAACACAGUGGUCAGCUGUUCUCUGCUAAAGACAAGGAUCUCGAUUCAUAUGAGAAGCAAUGUGCACAGAUGUUCAAAGGUGCCUGGUGGUUCAGAGACUGUCAUUCAUCACACCUGAAUGGUCAGUACUUAAGAGGAAACCACUCUUCAUUCGGACAUGGAGUGAACUGGAUGCCCUGGCGAGGUUUCUAUUACUCUCUGAAGAGAACCGUGAUGAAGAUCAGACCCAUGCAGUUCUGA